CUAGCAUGCGGCAAUACCCAGGAAUGUGACAAGUGCGAGCAAAUUAUGUGCUUCGAUUGCGGCGAAAUUGACCAUUGCUACGUAUGCAAAACACUCAUUUGUUCGGAGUGUGCCGGAGACUCCUGUGAUGAAUGUGGGUCUCGCAUAUGUGAAAACGAGAACUGUGAGAACACCUUGGUGUACUGCGACAACUGCUACGUAGUAUACUGUGCCAGUUGUAAGAUAGGCAACAUCUUUAGCUGCACCCAAUGCGACAAGACGCUGUGUAAAACAUGCGAAGACCCAGAUAUGUUCGGAUGCCUGUCUUGUGGAGCGCAUAAGUGCAGAGAGUGCAGUGACUGCAUCAAUUGUGCCGGCUGUGGUGAUGUAGUGUGCGAGCUGUGCGCAGACAAUGGGGUGAAGUGCGAUGAGUGUCGCGAACAUCAAUGCGGCGAGUGUGCGUUUCGACUUCUGUACUGCCAGGGCUGCCACGCCGAGGUGUGCAUUGCGUGCGAUAUCAACGAAGCGUGUGACAAGGAGCUCUACGCGGACACUUCUGUAGAUGAAGAAACAGAAGCAUGCAUUAUCGGGAAGUGGGAUAGUGAAACGGAUGAUAGUGUAGUCCCAGGUAUAUUAAUAGAUGUGGAAGGGAAGACACCGACUAUGGGGAUGGACGUGGAGGGUGGGCAGAAUCGCGAAGUGGAAUUGACGCUGAAGUACGAUACUGUCACACCAUGGCCACGGCAACAUAUAAUAUUCGAGUUCACGGUGAUUGACGUGGUUGGAAUUGAAUAUGACAGGGGCACUAUCGAUACAUACAACACGUAA